CCGUUACAUCCACAUACCGUUUGAGGGAUUAGAACACGGAGGAUGAUGGUGUUGCGGGGAAGGCUUGUGGCUUUUGAACACGAAGUUUAUGAUCGGAUGGCUCGGGUGCUGUGAAGGGGAGAGUGUGAGGAGAUGUAUAAAGAGGAUCAAGUGUCCCUUGUUUUUCUCUGAAUCCAUCAUCUUAUCCAUCCAUCAAUCAAUAAUAGUCUAAUACAUCGAUACCAUUCAUCAUGCAGCUGACCAACCUCUUCUACCUCGUCGCAGCUCUGACUUCAGUCUCAGCCACAACCGUCUCCUACGACCCCGGCUACGGAGAAUCAGGCCGCGCCCUCACAGCCGUCGCCUGUUCCGACGGCAAAAACGGGCUCAUCACAAAGUACAAGUGGCAGACCCAAGGCCAAAUCCCCAAGUUCCCUUACAUCGGCGGUGCGCAAGCCGUCGCGGGCUGGAACUCUCCCAACUGUGGUACCUGCUGGAAGCUCACCUACAAGGGAAAGAGCAUUAACGUUCUCGCAAUUGAUCAUACCGAUGCUGGGUUCAAUAUCUCGCCUGCUGCGAUGAAUGCGCUUACGAAUAAUCAGGCUGUCAAGCUUGGAAGGGUUGAUGCGACUGCUACUCAGGUUGCUAUUAGCAACUGUGGUCUCAAAUAACCGCUGGACUGGUUUUAAUGAUCUGUUUGCUGUGGGGAUGGUGGCAGACUGAUGACGAUGAUGUGUAAUGAGUUUUGAUUUAAUGAUAAUUAUAACAUGAUUUCUAAUACGACCUUUUGUUUGAUCAAGUA